CAAGCAUGCAUUUCUUCAGAACACUUUGAGGUCACUAGAGCUUCACCGGUGUCGAGGAGGUCGCCUGUGUCAUCGAGGCGUGGCAAAGAAGAAAGGAGUACCUCCAAUGAUCUUCCAUUUGAGGGCCAUCUUCAAGAACAAGCUCGUACCAGUAAACUACACUUUCAAGUAAACGAUUUGAAAGUACACGGCGAUAUACCAAUUGGAGAACAUGCAGAGUGUCUUCGUCUCUUAGCGGCAAGCUGGCGACCAAAGAGGGCAUGGAUUGAGCGGGCACUCUUUGUUGCUUUAACGCGGAGUGGCUUUGAUCCGUUUGAAGUGCUUAGAACUAUGGCUUUGAAACAAAAAUCGAAGUCUACUCAUGAAUAUUGGAAACUGUUUCUUUCGCACUCCCUGUACUAUUUCUACGACCUCUACUAAUGAUAGCAAAAAAAGAUCGAUCACCUUACGUCAACGCUGCAUCACGAACCCACGCGAGCUAGACAUGCGCCGAUUGGGAGCAAGGAUGGGCGCUUAUUUGGAUCGUACAGUUUUCGCGGGUAGGAACCAGGCAACGCUGCAAGACGUGGAAAGCUUAUUGAAGAAGCGACAUCCGUUACAGGGUCAGGAGCACACAGAUGAAGAUUCGUGUAGUUCUUUGCUAGAUUUCUCACAAAUUUCCUUGACUAUUUGUGAAGACUAUGAUGGUAGUUUUGGGAGUGUGGAGGACGAGAUACAGGAGUAGAUGUGUGAUUGAUAGUACAAACAGGCGAGCUGAUUACUCGACUUAUAUUUAUAAAUAUGUUGCUUGUCCCACUGACAUUCAUUUGAGAAUACAACCCGAACUUUCUUUUUUAUUUCGCACUUACAUUUCCCUGCCUGCUUAUCACCCUGAUAUUAUUUUUUUGUUGUCUGCAUCAUACUUUGGGCAGAUCGAGUAUUCUGGAUUUGUUUUGCACAUAAGGUUCCACAUGCA